CAAGGCUUUUCCAAACAAGUGCGGGACAGAAUUGCAGGCAAUAGCCGAGGCUCAGACCAGACUUGUUGAUCUCCGCGAAGAGGCGGCAGGAGGAAAGCCGAGAGAGGAAGUCGAGCAGCCCGGAUUGAGUCCCCCCAGCAAGCCUGCAGCUUCAUUUUUUUCUCUUGCCUUUCCCCCUCAAUUGCAUUUCCUCUUAUAGCUACAUACACAAACCCAGACACACACACAUCCACAUACACUCAAACAGUCACACACUCACCAGACCCAGCACUCGAAUAUUGAAGAUUAAAGACGCGUUUGCAGCCGGGAUUGGGCGGAGGGGGAAGCAGCAAGCCGCUGCCCAGCGAAGGGAAAGAGGCCUGGCACAGCCCUGGCCCCCGGGCUGGGGGCGAGCUCCGCCCGACCGGCUCCCACCCGCGCUGGGGGCCGGCAGGGGCUAUGCCAGGGCCCUGGCGACCGGAGGCUGCCGCUGAAGAGCUGUCGGGAUGGAGGUGAAGCGGGACUCAUGAGGAGGAGCCACCGCUGACAAAGACCUCCCUCCAGGGGGCUGGCUCCAGCUCUCCCAGCCCCCCUCCCAGUCGCGGGUCGGACUUAUUGAUCUAUUUACUUGGGUCAAGGGGGGGCGGGAGGGAGGGCGAGUGGCGGCGGCCGGACCCGCGAUGCCGUCGGGCAUGACGAAGCAUGGCUCCCGAUCCACCACCUCCCUGCCGCCAGACCCUAUGGAGAUCAUCCGGAGCAAGGCAUGCUCCCGUCGAGUCAAACUGAACGUCGGGGGACUGGCCCACGAGGUCCUGUGGCGGACCCUGGACCGCCUGCCCCGCACACGGCUGGGUCGACUUAGAGACUGUAACACUCACGACUCGCUCAUGGACGUCUGCGAUGAUUACAGCCUGGACGGCAACGAAUACUUCUUUGACCGUCACCCGGGAGCCUUCACAUCCAUUCUGAACUUCUACCGCACUGGCAAGCUGCACAUGAUGGAAGAGAUGUGUGCGCUCUCCUUCAGCCAAGAGCUAGACUACUGGGGCAUCGAUGAAAUAUACCUAGAGUCUUGCUGUCAGGCAAGAUACCACCAGAAAAAGGAGCAAAUGAAUGAGGAGCUGAAGAGGGAGGCAGAGACUCUGCGGGAGCGAGAGGGAGAGGAGUUUGACAACACAUGCUGUGCUGAGAAGAGGAAGAAGUUAUGGGACCUACUGGAGAAGCCCAAUUCCUCUGUGGCUGCUAAGAUCUUGGCCAUCAUCUCCAUUAUGUUCAUUGUCCUCUCAACCAUUGCCUUGUCGCUCAAUACACUUCCCGAGCUCCAGAGCCUGGACGAGUUUGGACAGAGUACGGACAACCCCCAGCUGGCCCACGUGGAGGCUGUGUGCAUUGCCUGGUUCACUAUGGAAUACCUCCUUCGGUUCCUGUCCUCGCCCAAGAAGUGGAAGUUCUUCAAGGGCCCCCUCAAUGCUAUUGACUUGCUGGCCAUUUUGCCCUACUAUGUCACCAUUUUCCUAACCGAGUCCAACAAGAGCGUGCUGCAAUUUCAGAAUGUGCGCAGGGUUGUGCAAAUCUUCCGAAUCAUGAGAAUCCUCCGGAUCCUCAAGCUGGCGCGACACUCCACUGGCCUGCAGUCUUUGGGGUUCACCCUUAGGCGCAGUUACAAUGAGCUCGGCUUGCUGAUUCUCUUCCUGGCCAUGGGUAUCAUGAUCUUCUCCAGCCUGGUUUUCUUUGCCGAAAAGGAUGAGGACGACACGAAAUUCAAAAGCAUCCCGGCCUCCUUCUGGUGGGCCACAAUCACCAUGACCACGGUGGGCUAUGGAGACAUCUACCCCAAGACCCUCUUGGGUAAAAUCGUAGGGGGGUUAUGCUGCAUUGCAGGGGUCUUGGUGAUCGCCCUUCCCAUCCCCAUCAUUGUCAACAAUUUCUCCGAGUUCUACAAGGAGCAGAAGAGACAAGAAAAAGCCAUCAAACGCCGGGAAGCCCUGGAGAGAGCCAAGAGAAAUGGCAGCAUUGUUUCCAUGAACAUGAAGGACGCUUUUGCUCGAAGCAUAGAGAUGAUGGACAUUGUAGUAGAAAAGAACGGGGAGACCCUAGGGAAGAAGGACAAGGUCCAAGAUAACCACUUGUCUCCUAGCAAGUGGAAGUGGACAAAGAGGACCCUGUCUGAAACCAGCUCCAGUAAGUCCUUUGAAACAAAAGAGCAGGGCUCCCCAGAGAAGGCCAGGUCGUCCUGCAGCCCCCAGCACCUGAACGUCCAGCAGCUGGAAGACAUGUACAACAAGAUGGCCAAGACUCAGUCGCAGCCAAACCUCAACACCAAGGACUCGGCUCAACAGGGCAAACACCAGGAAGAGCUCGAGAUGGACAGCCUCCCUGGCCCCGUAGUGCCCCUCCUACCGACGCGCACUGAAGGGGUGAUCGACAUGCGCAGCAUGUCCAGCAUCGACAGCUUCAUCAGCUGCGCCACGGACUUCCCGGAGUCCAGCAGGUUCUCCCACAGCCCUUUGGCGUCUCUCUCUAGCAAGGCGAGCGGGCCCGUGGCCCAGGAGCUUGGCUGGCGGGGCCCUCCCGACUCGGGCGGGAGCAGGCUGUCGGACUCCAACCCGACCCCCGACGGCAGCCAGAACUCCAGCUUCUUUAUCGAGAGCCCCAAGAGCUCCAUGAAGACAAACAAUCCUUUGAAACUGCGGUCGCUGAAAGUCAAUUUCAUGGAAGGGGACCAAAGCUCCCCCUUGCCCAUGGGCAGCAUCUUGGGGCUGUAUCCAGAUCCUCUGAGGAGCCGGGGCGGUGCCUCUGCCCCUGGCCUUGAGAGCGCCCUACUCGCGGAUCGAUCCUUGCUAAGCCCGGAGUCCUCCGUCUACACCACAGCAAGUGCCAGGACCCCCACCAAAUCCCCAGAGAAGCACGCAGCCAUAGCAUUCAACUUCCACGAUGCCGGCAUCCAUCAGUACAUUGAUGCAGACACUGACGAUGAGGGGCAGCUGCUCUACAGCGUGGACUCCAGUCCCCCCAAGAGCCUUCACAGCAACACCAGUCCAAAGUACAGCCUCACCACCAGUGGGUUCCUCCGGCACAGGGACAGUGUGCACAGGACGGACAAGAACCACCAGGAGCUCUCCCCUUUGCCCACCUCGCCCAAGUUUCUAGGGCAGAACUGUGUUUAUUCCAUGGAAACAUUGACUGGAAAGAACCAGAGAAGUCAAGAAAAGGGCAAACUAGAUAAUCACAUAUCCCCAGAGGUCCACGUGCUGCCAGGGGGUGGAGGUCAGGGAAGCACCAAGGAUCCGAGCAUCUGAAAAGCCCUAGAUUAGGAGACCCGAUGGCACGUUCCCGGGGGUGCUGCCCGCUCCCUCACCACUGAGCUUUUCUGCAUGAACUUUACAAAUGAAACAAGUCACUUGUUUCUAAAUAAAACAGAGAAUGAAGUAUAUCCAAGGAAAUGCCCAGAGCAGCCACGCAAGUCCCGCUCUGGAAGGAUUAUCUACGGAACUUCCCAGGUCGCAGUACACCUGUCAGAGUGAGGCUGGCCCGCUACACUAUCUCCUUGGAUCUCUCCUGUUACAUUCUUCUGUGGAGGGCUGGGUACAAGGUCCACAGCAGUCCCAGUUUCCCCCUCCCUCCCCAGACUCUCUUCUCCCCCUACCUUUGUACCCUGUACCUCCAUCAGUUCACUCAAACGUUCCAGCCUUGGAUGGGGAUGCCUCCAUCCCUCCCAGGGAAGAAAAGAGCAGGGUACAGGAGCAAACUCAAGGGAAAGGAAGGGACGGGGGAGGACGAGCCCGGUCAGCGGCCCCAAACACUGGGCAUACUCCUCUGCCUCUCCGCUGGAGACAGCGUUUCAAGGGAGCAGGAGAUGCUUACAUUAUGGGAAUGUGAGCAAUGGUACGAGCCAAGGUUCUGGCCUGAAAAACUUAUUGCAGACCCUUCAUCUACUUCAAUAUUCUAUAGAAACCUGAGCUUUUGUUUUGAGGUCAAAGCAGGGUGAGUUGCACCACUUGUAUCUGAUUUAAAUUGACUCCUUACCUUCUGGGAAGGGGUUGGUAACUCUGACAUUUACCCAGUGCAGUGAAUUUGGGCACCAAUAGAAUGUUGUGGGAGAAAACGAGAAUAUUUUUGGAGAUUUAGCUAGCCUAGAAUCAAAAAGAUAAUACAAGUGUUAGAUAUGCAAAAGAAAUACCAUAAGCAAAGAGACCACCAGUGAGCCACAACGAAACCUAAUUGAUUUAAAACAGAAAAAAACUGCAAAAUUCAAAAGGAAACUGAGCCCCCACUUGCAACGCCCAGUUUAGACUCUUCAAUACAUCCUUCCAUGACAGGCUAUAGCAACUAUAAAGGGAUUAACUUUUGUUUCUGCGAUAUUCACGCUAAAAAACAAAAAAAAAAAACAAAGACAAAAAAAAAUGCUAUAAACAAAAAGCACUUUAUGGUCUCUCAAAGGUGGGAUCUACCAAGGACAGCAUAAACAUCUAGCACUUUAAAACAAGCACUAUUUUCAUGGGGGCCACCUGUCAUGACUGGCAAGGUUGUCAUUAAGACGUUGGUCACUGGUCCAGUUGGCCAUGUGACCCGUGCACUGUUAUCCCUCUGUGUUGUGUCUAUGUCUGAGGGCUCACUCCCCCUUCCCCAGCCCCACGAAACUAACCUGUUAAUCCCCAUGAGUCUUAAGAGAAAAGGUUUCUAACACCCCAAUAACAGUGCAGGUGACCUGGAAAAUUAAUCCUCGAGUCUACCUGUCCAAGGGACACCACUGCUGCACCGCUGAGGAAAUCGGUCGAGAGUCUGGAAUCAGGUGUCUCUGUUCCUUUCUUGUAAACUAGUCUUGGGUCUGUUUUCGGUGUAACUGUCUGUACAUAAUGCUGUGCUCUCAUAUUCCUGUGACCAGUGAUGGCCAGGGCAGCCUGUACAGACAACAGCAAUAAGUACACGUGUACAUUGUCAGUGGUUGUAGUUCUCCUGUCCUUAGUACAAUGACUUUCUAUGCUGCAUAUACACCUGGCUCUCCUCCCACCUCAGCAUGCUGGGGGAGAUGAAUUCUCACUGAGUCAGGGUGGGCUCUGCAUGGGCUCUGUCCUUGCCAGGUGACAGAGAAAAGUAGCAACUGGAAGUACUUGCCAAGGUCUGUUCACAGUGCAUGUGCAGCAAAUGCAAGUGUACUUAGAAGAAUUGCUGCAAAGUAUUCCCGGUUUCCUUCUGUUGGCCUGGGAAUGUAGCACACUCUAUGGCAACUAUUCACCAAGGGGGCUUUCUCUGGCAAGGUGACUGGGGUGGCCUAUUUGCCUGUGAGAGGCAAUGGGAAGUAGUCCAAAACAACGUCCGCCGUUCUUAGCAUCUUCUCUUUGUUUGGGUCGCCAUUCAUGUUCGUCAUCAGCACAAAUGUGAAAAUUCAGGGAAAAAAAUAGCUUUUUUUUUUACAUAUAUUAUAUAUGUAUAUAUAUAAAAAGUAAAUAGUAGUGAUUUCCAAUUGAGAAACUUUUAGAGCUGAUGCUAUUCUAUUAUGUUUUAAAAAAAAUGACAUUGCAUAUUUUACAUAUCAGGAAAGUGAACACAUUUAAAUAUAGCCAUAUACCAAGGGAACUCACCAACCCUAGUUUAAAUUGAUGCAUCUUAUUUGCAGGUGAUGUUGACAAGAGGUGUCUAGAUCAGUAAUAUGUCAAGUUUUGGUUUGGUUUUUAAAACUGAAAUCAAUUGGUGCAACUCUCCUUGUAACCAAAGGCCCAGUCUGCCUUGUGUGGUCACUUAGGACUUAACCCUUAGCUCGCCUAUUUCGUCUCACUUUAAAGUAGCAUUUUGAGUCACUUUUGAAGGAUGAAUUCAGAAGUAUCCUUAAAAAAAAACCUACCUUUUGUGGCAUCAGAGCCAAAACCCUAUAGAUUUCUUAUAGAAACAGAAUCACGGAGACCCAGCAUAUACUAUGCUUGAAGAAUGUUUUGAUUUCUUUUUAUUUUUCACUUUUGUGUGUAUGUAUUAUGGGAAAUGUAGCUCUUACCGUGCUCCCAGUUCAAAAUAAAAACAUAACAAAUCCAAAUUUUUUAAUUAUGUGGAUGUUAUGUGUGUGCACAUACAGUCUUGUACUUAGGUACACAUAUGUACAUAUACACUGGGAAAUCUACAUAAAUGUUACUAAACGGUGAGACUCAAAUGUCCUUGGUAGAGAAAAAGCACUGAUUUGGAUCCAUAGAGUGCUUCCCUCCUUGCCCUCCUUUCCAAUCCUAUAGGUAUCUCAAGAAAAAGGCUGUUCAAAAGUUCCCAUUAUAUUAUUUUUCCUGGAGCUGACAAAAAGCAAGUGGAAGAAAAAUAAGACAUCUACAAACCCCAGGUGGUGGUUUGUACAGCUAUGAAUAGAGGUGGGCAGAGAUGGGUACAGGUGACCCCAGGGUUCCCUUCUCUUUGGGCAAUCAAUUCAGCAAAACUCACCUGUCAAACAGACCCGAACUUCCACCAUUCAUCACUAAGGGAGCAAGUAAAGGCAGCUUCUAUGCCUCCUCAUACAUUUAGGGAUGAUAAAAAUCAAAAAGGAAUUUUUUUCAAAAGGGCCAGAACAGAUCAUAUCAAUAAGAACAUGCACAGGUCAUUCCCAUCACCAAUCCCCAUCCAAUUUGUUGAAAUGAUGGCAUAUCCUAAUGACUAAUUUAUUUUCAUCCACUCAUGGAUCCCAAACCAACAACUGGAUUCUGUGACAUAACCUUGGCCAACUCAGUCAAAUACUGGCCAGUUGGUCAUCCCAGUGCCACACUCCAGAGACAAAACUGUGGCCAGUUGUGGAUAGAGUGCUAACCCUGGGAGGAGAUGGUUUCUUGAACUUUUAAGCUUUGAACAAAGAAGAACGGUACUUCCCGGCAGUAGAUUUCUCAGUGCCUUUUUCUCUUAGGAAUUUCAUCUAAGCACACUUAAAGGGGAAAAGGAACACAAAAGAAGGAGGAAGAAAAAAAAAAAAGAUACAUUUGUUCCUGUGACUCCCACUUUCCUAGAAGAGUUAGGGAAUUAAGAAUUCAGAAGAAGAAAAAAAAAAAGAUUCCCUUUUGACUGGUGCAGUCAACCCCUGGGAAUCACAGGCAAUGCAACUUCUUUGAACUAUCAACACAUCCUAUGGGUAUCUUUGGUGACUCUAAGCCUUCUCUUCCCUUGCAGCUAAUAAGGUACCUGUUUAUAAGGAGCAAAACAAAACAGUAUUCUCUUCUGUAAAAUUGUAAUGUACUGUUAAUAUUUGUAUCUAUUGUAUAUUUCUGUGUUGGCUGAAAUUAUGGCUGGUACAAUUUCUAGUUGAUGAACAGCGGGUAAUUUAAGACUUAAAACCAACCAGGUCACUAAAGCCAGGUUCUCUCUUUCCUCUCUCUGCCACCAAGUUUCACAUCACAUUAUCAAAGAAAUUUAAACAAGAACUUGAGAAAAUAACAAAACUCUGGAAUCUGGUCCAGAAUAGCAGGACCACUGUGCUGAGGGACUCUGGUCAAUAGAUUCAAGUGGCCACACAAGUGAGAGGAGAAGAAAGCGUUACCAUCCAUAGACAUCCUGCCAGAAUUGACCAAGUAAAACUAGAGGUUUCCCUUCUUCAGAAGUUUCUAAACCUCUCAAGUCCUUGUGCUAAGGAAACCAAAACUAACCUCACACAACCAUAGAAUGUUUUGGAUGACCCCGGUCAGGGAGAAGAUGGCUUUAAUUAGUUCCUGCAAAGGUACAAAAGUUGGAAUUACCUCGGUGUUUACCUUUAUGCUGGCCCUUUAAGUAUCUGAUGUAUGAAAAUGCCACAAGACUUUCGUGCAUCUCAGAAUAGUCUAUUUUUCUGUUCAGAUAAAUAUAUAUAUGUAUUUUUAGCAAAUUUAUAAUAGGGAAAUUGAGUCAAAUUUCUUCUUUUGUAUUACAGAAUAAUAUAUUAGGAGACUUAUUUAUGGUCAUUUCUAUAUCUGAUUUCUUCUGGUCUUUUUAUUUUAUUCCUCCCUUCCUUGGUUUUUGUUGCUCCAAGGGGAGUGGGGGGUGGGGGUAGGGAAGGGUGCAGAAAAUCCCAUCCAAGGUUUUGGUGUCUGACUCCUUUGUGGAAAUGUCUGCCAACUGUCUGGUAUUGUCAUUUCGCAUAACCUGUCUCUAUGUUGUUCCUGUUUAGGCUCAUAAAGCAGGGACUGAAAGUGGAAGAGAAGGCAAGAAGGGAAAGAGGAAGGAAAGUAUGAUUUGUUGAAUGCAAUCCACCCAAUCUGGAAAUCUGGAAAGGCUGACCUGACCAGAGCUGUCCCUUCCAGAGAUCCUGGAUUUACCAGGACUUCUUAGAACCAAAAUUCUCUUCCCAUUCAAAUCUCAGUCACCCUUUUAUGUUCUAAAGUUCCUUUUAGCCCCAAACUGACUUUUCUCAGCCAGUCUGCGGCCCCACUACCCAAUUCUACAACAUUACCAAAUACAGUGGAAAGUUAUCAGUGUUUUCAGGAUGAAGGUCCUCCACUGGCCCGUAUCUCGAUACAUCAUCCAAGACCAACAUGCCUCACCCACACCUGGAAAGGGAAACUACUUCCCAGGAUGUGCUGAGUAAACUUCCUUUCCUUGAAGACUGCCCAGAAAUGUAGCAAAAUGGAUAUGGACAUAGUGCCACUGUGUCUUCAUACCCUCAUUGUCCACUUGAUUUUUCCACUAAGCUUGUCCAGGGGUACCGCUCCAGUCUCUCUCAGGGCAGAGAGCUUUUCUCUGUGAAAUGAUUACAAUCAGAAUUCACACUUCUAUAGCACUUUAUGAGGAACUGUACUCACAAAACCCUCCGAGGCAUGUGAUUUGAAAGUUAUUUUCCACAUUUUUAUGGUGAGGAAACUGAGGUUUAAAAAGCUAUUUAGUAGAAGAACGGGGAUUAGAAUGCUGUUCUUCUGAGUCUAUGUUAUAAUGUACCACACUUAUGUCUCAAUGACAAGGGAUGGGAGUGGUUAUUAUGUGUCAGGUCUUGGGGCUAAAAGUUUCUCUGGCCCUCUUCUUAUUUAAAAGUAUCUCUAGACUAUCUGAAUUUUCUUGGCUGAUUUCUAUCAGUGGUAAUAUACAAUAGUCUACAUUGUAUGUGGAUAUAUACUGUAUGUAUGUAGGGACUUGAACCAAACUGUGAAUGAGAAACUGGAAUGGGUCAUAAUAAUUCUGAACCCUGAAUGGAACAAUAAAUUUCAGUUUCCAUAGUGAGUAGUGAAUUGAACCAAAGAUCUUUCCCAAGCAAAUUCUAGUCAACCAGUUGAGACAGUCUAUUGUACCAUCUCUUACAGUGGUAGGAAGAGCACUAUACCAGAAACCAGGAGAACAAAAUUCUGCCACUCUCUUUUCCUCUCUGAGUCUCAGUUUUCUUCUCUGUAAAAUGAGGAGAUUUGAUUCAAUGAUCUAUAAGGUUCCUUGCAGCUCUGGUAUUCUAUAUUCUAAGGUUUCUUCCAACUUUGAAAUUCUAUGUUCAAUUUGUUAAGGUUCUUUUCAGCUCUGAAAUUUUGUGUUUUGUGUUGUAAGUUCCCUUCCUGCUCUGACAUUCUGUGUUCUGUGGGCUAAGUUCCCUUCCAACAAUGACAAUCAUUAUGUUCUGAGGUUCCUUGCUGCUCUGACAUUCUAUGUUCUGAGGUCUCUUCUAAUUCUGACAUUUUAUGUUCUAAAGUCUCUUUCAGCUCUGACUUCGCUUUGAGUCCAGAACUAUUGAACCAAUACAACAUAGAGACAUCCAAAACCUUUUCUCAGAGAAAUUCCAGCUUUACAUACAAGCACCUACGUAAAUAUUUGGUUGUAAUCCCAGACUCCACUUGCUUAAGAAAUUUCUCCAAAGUUCCCCAAAUGUCAACUUGAACCAGGACUGGUUUUUAGAAUGGUCCCAGUAUAAAAUGACCAUACACACACAGUAUCUUCUCCCUUUCAAGGAGGGCCAAGUCUUAUUGAUGUAAGACCAAAGAACCUCUACUUAGUGGCCUGGGAAUGACAGAACAAAGCUUUAGAACUUUCUGGUUCCAAAGUUUUGUAUUUGGUUCAAAGUUAUAAGGUUUAUUUAGGGGGUAGGUCUUAUAUUCUGGGAAUUGAUCAAAUUCUAUUUCCUAUUUUCAAGCAUAUCUUACAUGUAUGUGAGAUGUUGAAAGAGUCAGGAAAAGAUCUUGUUCUCUGCCUUCUCAAAGUUUUAUUAAAGAGACAUGGAAUAAUGGAAAGAGGUCUGAAUAUGAAAUCAAAAGGACUUGGGCUUGAAUACAACUCUUAAUUUUGUACAAGAAGCUUUCUAAUUGGGGGCCUCAGUUUAGACAGCCUUUCACAUCCUUUGCAUAUCUCUUAUUCUAUGUUUAAAGGCAAUUCCCAUGUCUACAUCUUUCUCUGAACUUAUGUCAUUGUGGACAACUUGAGAACAGGGAAAGGGAGAGCUGGAGUAUUGGGCAUUAUAGUUCCUUUCUCUCUGGGUUCUAGAACAUAGCACACCUUCCAGACCAAUGCCUUAUUUGGUUCCAGGUACCAAACUGAAUUUUUUUGACCAGACAACUUGUAAUAUCCCCCAUCUCUGAGUCCCUUAGAAUAUUUCUGAACUGGUAUAAAGGCUGAGGCUGGUGCUGUUUCCAUUGCAUCUAAGUAGAGAGGACUCCUUCUCUAAAGCUCCUAGAAUAGGACAAGACCUAACAGAAGCUCACUUCCUUCUAUCAAGUUUUUUGUCUGUAGUAUUGUUGGUGGCUUACAUCUAAGCCCUACUAUAAUGAAGAUUGUAUUCCACAGGAAACCAGACCAGGGGUUCCUAACCUGAACUGCAUGGACACUUAAUGAUUCAUGGAUAGAUUUCAGAAGAUCUGUGAGUCUGGAUGUAAAAAAUAUUUAUCUUUAUUUUCAUUAAACCUAUAAUUAAAAUUUAACAUUUCCUCCAAUUAUUUAAAAACAUGAUACUAAGAAAGGAUCCAUGAGCUUUACUAAAAGUCCAAAAGGAGUCAAAUCUUACACAAAAAAAGUUAAGAACUCCUGGAAUAGACCAACACUCCUGGAUUUUUCCUCUGUAUAUCCAGCUAGAACGAAAACUUCCAAAAUUCCAGCUAAGUCAGUGUCUAGAAACAACACAUUUCAGUGUCUGCUUUUUAAGAUAACACCUGCAACUAUUGACCAUUACCACUUCUUAUUUGUAAUAAUAAUUAUGAUAAUCAUGUUUCAGUAGUGCUUAAAGGUGUAUAAAGUGUUUACCUCCAACAGCUCUGUGAGGUACAUAGUAAAAAUAUUACUGUCCCUAUAUGAGGAAACUGAGGUGAAAUGACUUGUCCAGAAUGACAGAGCUAGUAAAUCAGAGGCAGCCAAAAAUAGGUUUAUUCUGACUCCAUUCUAUUCUUUCCAUUAUGUCAGUGCUCCUAGAAUCCCUCGUGUCUAUAUUAGGAACCUACAAGGAUCUUUCACUUCGAGGACCCUGAAUGUUUGAUAGCACAGGACAGGAUAACCAUCAAAGGGAACACAGAUGGAGUUUGGAAGGAAGAGAAGUAAAUGUCUCCAGAGUCACUGGGGUUCUCAUUAGAAACCUCAGAACAAAGCUUUAGAACUUUUCCAGAAUUCCAAAAUUUGGCAUUUGAUCUCAAGUUGUUAUUCUAAGUUCUCUUUGAAACGUAGCAGGUAAUUCUGAAGUCCUUAGGAGUUGGAGAAAAACCACCCCAGAAUGAGUCUCUGCUACAUAGAAAUCAUCCUAAUCUUUAGCCAGCCUAUUUAGAUUCUGCACUUGUUCAGAAGAACACUAAGUCAGGUUAGCAUCAGGGGAACUCUAACCCCACAUGAAUUUGCUCAGCAACAAAACCAGGCUGGGAACUGGUAUUCCCUCCCCCUACAACAUUCACCAUCUCCCCAGAGUAUGUUUUGCUCAUAGUGGACGCUUGAAUAAUAUUUUAGAGCUCAAACAAAUGAAACUUGACCUUAGUUGGACUAGUGACCACUAGGAAAGGAAGGGAGUAUGUGGGGAGGGACUAUGUCACUCCCUGAUGCCCUUGAGUCAAGUUAUCUGAAGGGCUUGAUUCCUGACUCAAAUUGGAACCAAGGCAAUGCAGGACCUUCAAGUGGAAGGGGCAGGAGUGGCAGCAACCAGCUGCUGUGGGGGGAGUGAAUGAUUCAAGGGCUGUACUUAUUGGGAAACCAAAAAGGGCUUGUCUCAGCCUCUGUCCUUUCUUUCUGGCCUCCCAUAUCCAGCUCCCACUUUGUGUACAAGCACUCAGACUGCACACACAGACAUAUUCCCCAAGGGAGAAGGAUUUCAAAUAAGGGAAAACUAGAGUUUUAAUAUUCCCCACCCUCAAGAAAAAAGGGUACCCUGUUCCUAGCCUCAGAAAUCAGAUGCAGAAAGCCCACUGAGGAAAACAGUAAAAAUCAUGGUUUCACAAAGUUCUUUCUUCACAAUCAGAACUCACAGGCAGUUCAAGUCUCAUGGUCCUCAUUUUACAGAUGAGAAAAGGGAAGGUCAGAGAUAAAAACUGACUCCCAGGAUAAUAUUCUUCUUGUAACUACUCUGCAAUCCACUAAUUCUUCCCCCUCCCCCCCAAAAAAAGCAAAAGAAGAAGGGAACCUCUGAGCCUCAAACUGGAAAACCUUUUUGCGUAAAUGGGAGGUUCAGCCAUAGGUACAGGAUAGCCAGCUGAUCGGCCAACUGCCCUGUUCUUCCUAUGAAAUGAGUGGUCCUUCUUCCCAUCCCAUGCUGAUUGCGUCACAUGAGCCUUUCUCCUCCACUGGGCAAGCGUACCUCAGUCUCCUAUCUCUCACCCGAGGGCUACUGGGUUAUUUUUGCCUCCUAAGCCAUCCAAUGCCACUCUGACUGGGACAGGGAGUAAGCCACUGACAUUAGCCAUAUUGAUGAGAGCACUUGGUCUCUGUUUUCUUUGGGCAACAUCCAUCUAGUCCUUCUUCAUUCCAAGUUUACUGACCUCUCCAAUCAUUUCCGUAAAGGGAAAAACAAAUGUCACACAUACUCACACACACAGAGGAAAAGAAACUCGAUGUCUUUAUAUGCAUGUAGUGAGAUGAAACUGUGAUCAUUGUGUGACAUUCAGAUACUGUACUUAUUGUCUUGUAAAUUGUGUCCAAAUGUCUAAGGGUUUUCAAGCAAUGGUCCCUUACUGCAAUCUGCAGAAUUAAAUAAAAAGGUAUGGAGAAAA